AGUAACCCUAUGGCUAGUAACAUCCAUUCUGCAGUAUUUUAGUGAUCUUGACUUCAUUACAGUUCAGAUGUCGUUGUAUUUAAUACAAUGACAAUAAAGCUUUCUAUUCUAUUCUAUUCUAUUCUUCUCAUAGAGACUGAUAUAUCAUCACUGAAUGUCUAGCAAGAUGUGAACUGCCUUUGUUAGUUCUGUCUGUUUCACCACUUCCUCUCAUCCAUUCUCCACUCUUACACACACACACACACACACACACACACACACACACACACAAAGUGAUACAGCAACAUUGUGGCUCCUCCUCCUGGCGGUGCCCACGUACACUUUCCAACAUCACACCACUGCUCUGUCUCCGCCCUCCUGUCAGCCUCAUAGAAACUCAUCAGAUGUUACUCGGACCCCAUAAUAUUUUGCUACCACUCUCCUUUUACGCACAGCCUCUCUGACUCUGCUGCCUGCCGCCUCUCCAUCUCAUCCAGAGCCUUUUUACGCACAGACCUCUGCUGUGAACUCGCCCAUCUGCUCCUCCAUCCAUAUCUGCAAUCAUCACAGCUCAACUUGACUCUUCUUCUUUUGCGGGUCAAAGAAGGACACAUUAAGGAAGACAGGACAAUGUUUGGGAUGCGGAGGGGACUCGUUCCGGUGUCCACAUGUUGGUGUUUGCUGAUGCUGAUUCAUUUUUCGCUUCCAGCAGAUGCAGCCUACAUAUGCAGCCCCAUUCAGUUUAAGUGUGGAAACGAGAGGUGCAUCACCCGCAAGUGGACUUGUGAUGGAACCGACGACUGUGGUGAUGGAACAGAUGAACUCCCUGCAACCUGCGCAUCCAAAACAUGUCUGGAGUCAGAGUACAACUGCGGCCCGCCCACCAACCAGUGUAUACCAGGAGGCUGGCACUGUGACGGCAGAGCUGAAUGUGACAACGGAGCAGAUGAGAAAAACUGCACGGCCAAACAAUGCACCGCUGGUGAGUUCCGCUGCACCACUGGACAUUGUAUAUCCACCACCUUCCGUUGCGACGGCGACCACGACUGUCCAGACGGCUCAGACGAGGCUUCCUGCCCCAAACCCACCUGCAGCUCUCGUUCCUUCCAGUGCAACAACUCGGUAUGUGUGCCGGCCUUUUGGAGCUGCGAUGGAGACGAGGACUGUGCCGACGGGUCGGACGAGUGGCCGCAGAACUGUGUGGGACGGCAGCCGGAGAAGCCAGUGGUGCGCUGCGGCGUUCAUGAUUUCCAGUGUGCAAAUGGGGACUGUAUCCAUGGUAGCUGGAGGUGUGACGGAGGCAACGACUGCCAGGAUCGAUCGGACGAGGUCAACUGCAGUCGUCCUACUUGUCGCCCAGAUGACUUUCAGUGUAAUGACGGCGCCUGUAUCCAUGGCAGCCGCCAGUGUGACAGAGAACCCGACUGCAGGGACCUCAGUGAUGAGAUUGGCUGCCACACAGAUAAUGUAUGUGAAGGCCCUACCAAGUUCAAGUGUCGCUCUGGGGAGUGUAUCAACAUGGAUAAAGUGUGUGACAAACAGAAAGACUGCAGAGACUGGUCCGAUGAACCUAUCAAAGAGUGUAACAACAAUGAGUGUUUGACUAAAAAUGGUGAAUGCUCCCAUACCUGCAACGACCUGAAGAUUGGCUACAACUGCUCCUGCCCUGCUGGAUACAAACUGAAAGUGGACAAGAAGACCUGUGAAGACAUUGAUGAAUGUGCUGAGCCGGACACUUGCGGUCAGAUCUGCCUCAACCUGCCCGGCAGCUACAAGUGUGACUGUAAGGAGGGCUACACGAUCGACCCCAUGACCAAGACAUGCCACGCUGAAUCAGGCACUGUCCCCACCCUCUACUUCACCAAUAGACACGAGGUGAGGAAGAUGACGGUGGACCGCAGCGAGUACGUGCGUCUGAUCCCCGAGCUGAAGAACGCGGUGGCUCUGGACAUGGACAUGCCCAACAAGACCAUCUUCUGGUCUGACUAUUCUCUGAAGAAAAUCUACAGCUCCAAGCUAGACGUGGCCGGUAACUCCUCUCACCACACUGUGGUAAUUGGCAGUGGGAUCGAGGACCCAGCAGGCAUUGCGGUGGAUUGGAUCCAUGGCAACAUCUACUGGACUGACAGCAUUUUGAAGACUAUCUCUGUGGCAACAACAGACGGCAGCAAGAGGAAGACCCUGAUCGCAACAAACCUGGAUAAGCCGAGAGCCAUCACAGUCGACCCUGUGAACAACUUUAUGUACUGGACCGACUGGGGCGAGGAGGCCAAGAUAGAGAAGAGUGGGUUGAAUGGAGCGGAUCGCGUUGUCCUGGUAACAGAUAACAUCAUGUGGCCCAAUGGCAUCACCCUGGACAUGGUCAACCAGCGUCUGUACUGGGUGGACUCCAAGAUGCACACUCUGUCCAGCAUCGAUGUGAACGGAGGGACGCGACACAGUCUCAUUUUCAGCCCGGAAAAGCUCGCCCACCCCCUCUCUCUGACUGUCUUUGAGGACAAAGUGUUUUGGACAGACAUGACCAACAGUGCUGUUUUUAGUGCCAACCGCCUGACGGGGAGGGGCGUCACUAAGCUGGCGAUGGACCUGAACCAGCCAGAGGACAUCAUAGUGUACCACAACCUCAAGCAGCCAAUCGGUACAAACUGGUGCAGACAGAGCAACAGUAUGAAUGGCGGAUGCGAGUUUCUGUGCCUCCCUGCCCCUCAGAUCAACGAGCGCUCCCCUAAAUACACCUGCGCCUGUCCUGACCACAUGACCAUGGGACCUGACAUGAGGAAAUGUGUGGCAGCCUCAGUUGCCCCUCCUGCCGAAAAAGAAACUGGUGCACCGCUCCCUCCCAAAGCUCCCACCAAGCCCGCUACAACACCCAGCCCGCCUGUCCCUACCACUACUACAACCACAACUACAACUACCACCACAACUACAACUACCACCACAACUACCAAAAAACCCACAACUACCUUGUCCACACAACAACCUGCCGCCACUGCUCAAGGUAACAGAUUGGCAGCCUCGCCCGAAGAAGCCUCUUCAUCUCACCCCGUUGCUCUCUAUGUUGUGUUGCCAAUACUGGUCAUGUCCCUUCUGCUCUUUGGAGCAGUGUUGCUAUGGAGACACUGGCGUCUGAAGAACAGCAACACCAUCCACUUUGACAACCCAGUGUACCAGAAAACCACCGAGGAUGAGAUGCACAUCUGCAGGAACAGCUCUGAAGGCUACGUUUAUCCUCAGAGGCAAAUGCUGAGCACGGAGGACAUGGAUAUUGCAUGACCCAAAGAUGACACUAGCUGUAAUUGAAGUAAUUUUUUUCCGAUGCAAACGUGAAGCAAUGAAGGCCAUUUUUUUUCUACUGCUGCUGCUUAACAGCCCCUUCCCUUCCCCCCCUCUGUGAGCUCAUUUUGUGGCUUAUGCUUCUGACCUCAGCACUGUGCCGUCCAAGUCUGAAGGAAGAACUGAAAAAAAAGAAAAGAAAAAAAAAAGAUCUUUGAAACUUUAGUAUGACAAAAUAAAGUAGAAGUGCAGGAAGCCAUUUAGUCGGACCCCAAAAUGGUUUCAAAAUGAAGGACUAAUGCAUGGUCUCGGAAGAUGAAGUUCUUGAUCCCAGAGACUCUUAUGAAGCUAUCUGACUUACUUUACAACCAAUACAUUGCCUCAGUAUGUUGAUUAAAUACAUAAGUCACAAGUUCUGCAAGUUUAACUUGAAAAGCCUGACCGAUUAUGUCUUAACGCUGAUGUGUGCCUUCCAUCCACACUCUGGUAAUUUAGCAAACUUUAUUGGAUGUAUAUAAAUGCCUUACUAAACCAGUUUCUGUGGUAGUGAAACUUUAGUGCUUUAGCUUCAGGCAGUGAUGCCUUCAUAAUUAUACCGAGGCCUUCUCUUCACCUGUUGCACAUUUAGUUGGCUCCCAUAUCAGAGUCAUUUAUCUUUAUCAUCCAUCAUGUCUCAAAUGUAAGUCCCAUUGAAAUCAGUACUCUCAUGUUCUUUAUUGUUUCCAUUAUGUCCGAGUGUGGAGAGUCACAGAUGGUUUACAUUGUAAAUGGAAAAAGCUGCUGAGUUUUCUGAAGUCAACCAAAAUGAAGAAAAUGUUCUUUUUAUGAAUGAAGAUAGUAAAGUAAAAAAAGCGAUUGUAGGUGAUCAUAACACUGUAAAUAAUAUCUGUAAAUAUUUUUUGUAAAACUCUCUUAAGUUCAAUCUGGUGUUGCCUUUUUACAUUUGUACAUUUUAAUCAAGAAAUGUUGUAAAUAUGUAAGAGAUUCUUUUAUUUAUUUAUGGAAAUAUAUGAGAGAAGGAUUUUGAUUUUUGUCAUCUGGCUGUAAACAUGUUAGCACCUACCACGAUGAAUUGUUUUUGUUCCAGCUAAGCCAGUUUAACCUUUACAUUGCACAGCUGUUGUUAUUUAACUUAUGUUCAAUCAAAACUUUGCUCCGCUGUUCAGUUUCGUGUGAGCGACAUCCUGUAUGAGCCACUAUACGGCAGCGUAGUGCUGCAUGUUACAGAGAAAUACUAAAGAAGCUUGUUAAUUGUUUGUUUCUUUUUCAGCGAUAAAUUACAUAAUUUAUUUUGCUUCAGCUUUUCUGUUACGUUUUGUUCUCACUGUGAGGUUAUUAAGGCACAUACUGUAGUGUGCAAAGCAGCAAAAUGUAUGUAUGUAUGUAUGUAUGUAUGUAUGUAUGUAUGGACAAGAAUUGAUGCGCAACAGCCGGCUUGUAUAUGCACAUUGCUUUGUUUGUUUUUGGUUGUGUUGGGUUUUUUUAAAUAAAAGAAAAAUUCUCGUAAAA